UUCAAACUUAGCUUAUAAGCUGGUUCUUCUUGGUGAAGAUCACAAGAACCCAUUAACAUCCUUUCAUCUCUAUCAACUCCAUGCAUGAAACUAAUGAAUUUUCAGUGUCUUUGCCCCUGCAAAAGGAAACUGAAUAACCACAUCUAGUUUUCUCUCUUAUAUAAAUACUGUUCUUUACAAAUUCUUGUGAAUUAGGUUUAGUUCUCAAAGGAUGUCAACAGACAAUAAUGCCAUAGCGGCCAAGUCCGUCGGAAAAGACGAAAUCAGUGGUUUGACAGGCCGGAAAACCACCGCAGCAAAGCCCCAAGAACCGGCUUUAAAGUGCCCUAGAUGUGAUUCACCAAACACCAAGUUUUGCUACUACAACAAUUACAGUCUGACACAGCCAAGGCAUUUCUGCAAAACUUGUAGAAGGUACUGGACUAGAGGAGGAGCCUUGCGCAAUGUGCCGAUUGGCGGUGGCUGCCGGAAAAGUAAGAAAAUGAAGGCUUCUAAUUCUAGAAUUUCUGGGGAUUCGAGGGAUUCCAUUGGAUCAUCUGAUAUUGGUGGACUGAAAUUCUUUCAAGGUAUAUCACCAGCCAUGAAUUUCCAGCUUGGAGGGUUAAAUUUUCCUAGGCUGGACUAUCCAUAUAGUGGUCUUUUUAACCAGUUUUCCUCUUUUGGGGAUAUGCCAAACAAUUCUACUUCUGCAAGUGCAUCAAACCCUUGUUUCAGUCUUGAUCCUUCGGGAAGUUCACCUAUGAUGGGAUUCAAUUUUCCUUUAUCUUCUUCACUUAAACAAGGAGAAACCAGCACUCCAAAUCUUCAAGAAAUGGGCGGCGGUUCUUUAAACGUUCAUGGCCGUCUAGCAACUUCUAUUGAGUCCUUGAGCUCUAUCAACCAAGAUUUGCACUGGAAAUUGCAGCAAAAAAGAUUGGCAAUGCUUUAUGUUGAAGAGAAUCAAAAGGAAAACUGUGUCUCAAUUACUGCAAAUCUUGAACCCCAGAAUCAGAAACAAGAGGCUUUUUUGUUUCAGAACCUGGAAAUUGCAAAACAAGAAGCUUCUGGAAUUGGCAGUUCAACAAAAGAGGGAACAAGUGCAAAUCUAUCGACUGAGUGGUUUUUUGAUAAUUCUUAUGCACCAGUAACUCCAAUCCCGCCCAUCGGUAAUGGCAGUGCAAAUGAAAACACCAGCAACUGGAAUGGAAUUCAAGCAUCAUGGAGCAAUUUGAAUCAGUACAGUUCAUUCCCAUAGAACUGUGAAAAAUUUAGCUAGAAUUUAUCCAUAUCUGUAUGUCAUCUUAUGGCUUCUAUUUGGUAAUUCUAUAGGCUCAAACAAGAUGUUACCUUUUGUAUAAGUCUGUUGUUCUGUAUUGUGUUGUGCAAUUAAGGAGAAAUAUAGAAAGGGAAAAUAGCUUUUCAAGAUUAAUUUCUUAUUGAACUUUGUUUCAGUACAAGGAUCUAUCAGUAUUUUCUUUGCAUUUG